CCGUACGAUAUCGCGUGGAAAAGCCAGGAGUAGCACGUCUUCCGACCAUUUCCAUUUAGUUCCGAGUUUUUAACAAGUAGACCUAGACUAUUUGAUGGCUUUUCCAACUACAAGUGCUCAACAAGCCGAGACUAACCGCAAGAUACUCGAGGAGAUACAGACGAAGAAGCAGUUGCUCGCGGGCGGGAUCAUAAACUUAGGUUUAAGCCCUACGAAUCAGAUGCCCGCUCCCCAAUUACUGGGACAACCAACGACAGUGAAUCCCGACUUCCAGGCCGGCAUUGCCUCCAAUGCCACAUCCACCGCCCGCUCUGCAUUUAAUCCAACGAGCUCUACGACUCUGGGCUUCUUUGUACCUCAGGAUUCGUAUUUUGGAAAUAGUUUUAUACCCGUGCUGCCUCGUCUGGAGCCGCUGCCGUCGCCCGCAACCACACCCACCACACCGAACGCCCCGCCCAGCCAUACAGUCACUAAAUAG